AUGGCUUAUGAAUCUGAUGAUGAUGAACUUAUGCAAUUGACAUUUUUUGAUUCGGAAUAUGAGUCUGAGUCAGAAGAUGACUCUGAAUCUGAAGUCAAGUUUGAUUCUGAAUAUGAGUCAGAAUCAGAAGAUGAGUUAGAGUCUGAAGAGUCUCAAGGUGACUCUGAAGAUGAAGAAGACUCUGAAGGUGAGUCUGAUAAUGAAGAUGAAUUUGAUUCUGAUCCAUAUUCUGAUGGUGAUUCAGACUCUGGUGGAGAUCCAAACUCUGCGAAUAUUUCAGACUCUGAAGGUGGUCAUGCCUCUGAAGGUGGUACUUAUGGGAUUCCAACAUCUGAUAUUGUUCCAGCGUUCGAAGGAGAUUCUGAACAAGUUCAUAGGCUACAAAGAAUUAGACAAAUACCAAGAAGAUUUGCAAAUUUUAACAUGCUGCAAGAUAUUGAAUUAGACUAUGAAGGAGAAGCCGUUCAGUGUGUCAUGUUAGAAGACUUUAAACUAGUGAGUAUUGAAGAAGCUCUCAAAAAGAAAGUGUGA